AUGUUACUGUGGAUAUUUGUUCUAACGUUGUGCUACAGCUUAAGCGCAUCGCAAGAAUGCUCGUCCCCAACAUUCAGCUUUACCAGCUACGUCCAUCCAGAGCUGUUGGAUCUUACGACAGCCCCCAAUACUGUGAUUGCGAGUUUCGCUGUGGAGCACGUUCGAUCGGUUUCCAUCGUUACGCAGCCAAGCUACAUCGGUGCCAGGAUCGUUGAGUCGGAACUGCAGUUUUUGACGACGGAUGCCUUCGCAGAGUACGAAGAACACGAAGUACAGUUUUUUAUUAUCAUCCAGGUGGCUUACCAGUGUUCGUCAGGCCAAAGGCAAGGCAUCUACCGACAUUCACUUAAAUUGGCCAACAAUCAUGCACCCAGGUUCCUGCUGGAGUCCUACGAAGCAUUGGUGCCCUUACCGUUACCGAAACAAUUCGACUUAUCGCCGUACCUCGCCAGCGGGAACGGUGUAAUGGCACGAGACAUCGAUCUGAUAAACAACACGGUUACAUUCGGUGUAAACGAGAAUGCUUAUGUGUUUAUCGAAAGUCGAACCAUACCCGGCGAUCCGAAACAGUUUAAAGCUAUCCUUCGGCUCAAGGAACAAGUCUUGACAAUGCCGGAAAAAUUGGAACUCAUCGUCACUGCGACGGAUGCGGGAGUGCCUGCAAAAACGUCCCAAGUUAGUGUAACGAUCGAACCGGAUCUGUCUAUCGUGUAUGACGAUCCUCCACUGUUCAAGGAAACGUUCAUAAAUAGAACGCUUGAAGCCGGUCUUUUGAUACGGCUGGAAUUAGUCCCGGGAACUGAAACAAACGAUAUACUGUACAGUCUCGAAGGGGCGGAUGCACAGUAUUUCACUCUCAUGGUGUGGCCCAACAACACCGGAGUCGAUCUCAGGUUAAUAGGUGUAGACAACCUGCCCAAAUUCAAAACCUUUCUCAGUGUCGUUGCCGUAGCCAAGCGCACGGAGCUGCAACAGGCGUCUUGUGUAAUACUUCUCAGUAUCCCAUCCGCAAGUAUCCCUGAUACUUCGCACGUGACCGUGGAGAAGGUACUAGGUGUAUUACAGCUAAAAGAGAUGAGCCAACAUCGGGACAUUUUUCCUCUGGCGAUUGAAAACUGUGUCUACGGAAUACAGUCUCAAUCGCCUGGGGAGUAUUUCUUCGUGCAAGAGGUAGAAAGUUCGCUUGCCUCCAAACCAUUCGAUCGCGAAGACAAGGAACUUUUUGAGGGUCUGGAUAUGCCCCAGUUUUGGAUAGUGCUCGAACUAAAGUGCCCAAACCAAUCGGCGCCAGCACCAUCUGUGUCGAAUUGGACAGGACCGAAGAGAGACAUCGAUUUUACUACGGAUCUUACGCACCUUAACGUUAUUGUCGAAGAUAUCAACGACAACAGUCCGCUCUUUACAUACCCGGUGAAUAAUGCACGGUUUGCGUUUCCGCCGCCGCGUCUCUGGCAACAAAUACUUCCUGAUAGAUUACUCACAGUUGAAGCCACCGAUCUGGACGACGGACUCAAUGCCCUUAUCCGCUAUUCACUUGCGAUGAACGAUCACUUCGAUAUCGAUCCCCAUACAGGCGUAAUAUUUCCGCUAAAUGCAGUCCUUGCCAAAGAAAACAGCAUUACGCUGGAUGUGGCUGCAACUGAUCGCGACGGCGCCGAGGAUGGGAAUAUAUCCACUAUGAAAAUAGUCGUCCAACGGGCAUCCGAGGAUCAGCUGGCAUCAUUGACAAUAAACGGAAUGGAUCCGUAUAUGCUUGAUAAAACGCUAGAGGAGAUUAGCGCAAAGGAAGGCGUCAAAAUUGGAACGUUAAAAAAUGCAUUUUCUACUGCUGGAGAUGACGGUAAAACAACUCGACGUUCGGCAGACGCUCGGUUCAUCACAAGUGCGAUAGUCUACGCGUUUAGCAAGGAUCAACUUUUGUCCUAUGACGAGAUGAAUAGUAUAUUCGGUAAGCUUGAAAUGAAUUUCACAUCAAAGUUAUCGAAAAUUUCGGAACUAUUCGCGGUACAAACGGUGGUCAACGAUUCUGUUUCGAACCCAAUUUAUCCCUACAUCAUAAUAGCGGCAUUUUUCGGAGCCCUUGCAAUUGCUAUGGGAGCAGCUGUAUUCUAUUACCGAGCCAAAAGUCGUCAGCCAGGAGUGGCAAAUACUGUGAUCGCCCCAUCGCGAUCUUCAACCGGUUCGGACGCCAUUAUAAAGGAAAACGAAUUCAGCAUUUCAUCAAGCACUCCACCAAUGACCGCAACAGUAAAUAGCGAAUCAAUUGAUACUGUACGAUCCCUGACAGAAUUAUCAGCCAUCCAUGAAGAUCUCGAAAAUGAAAAAAGUAAUAUUGAUGUAGCAUCAGCAUGCCUCCGGGAUAGGAAGAAGAGUAUAAAAUUUAAUGAAACUGUAGAAAGAAUUGAAGUAUUUGAUAAAUAAUUCUAA